GCUGCGCUAAUCAUUCCCUCUCCCUUCACAAAGGCUUCCGAUCGAUCGCAUCCGGCGACGACCAUGGAGGCGGAGAGUGUCAGCAAGUCUCGGUGGCAACGGAAGGCUGACGGGGCGGCGGUGAUGCCUCGCCGGGAGAGGUCGAAGGGCGUCGACGACAACGGGAUCGAGUACGAGGUGGAGGAGUUGGAGGAAGAGGAGCGGAUAGGCUCGUCGUCGGGCUGGAACAGCGGCCUGGGGUUCCUCCUCCGGCCCGACCUUCGGUUCUCCCUCCUCCGAGGCCGGACCACCGGCGGGGCCGAGAAGUUGUCGGAGCGGUUCGUGAUCCAUCCAGAUAACCGGUGGUACCAUCUAUGGACUCAGUUCAUACUCCUCUGGGCGGUGUACUCCUCCUUCUUCACCCCGAUGGAGUUUGGCUUCUUCCGCGGGCUCCCCACGAACCUCUUCGUCCUCGACAUUGCCGGCCAGCUCGCCUUCUUCAUCGACAUCUUCGUCCAAUUCCGCCUCGCCUUCCGCGACUCCCACACCUAUCGCAUUAUUCCCGAUCCUACCGAUAUCGCCAUCCGGUACGUGAAAUCGAGCUUUGUUUUUGACUUGCUCGGUUGCUUCCCAUGGGAUUAUAUCUACAAGGCUUCUGGAAAUAAAGAAAUAAUAAGAUAUCUUUUGUUGAUUCGAUUAACUCGAGCAUGCAGAGUUACAGAUUUUUUUCAGAAGUUGGAGAAGGAUAUCCGGAUCAAUUACUUGUUCACAAGAAUUGUCAAACUUCUAGUAGUGGAGCUCUAUUGCACUCAUACAGCUGCCUGUAUUUUCUAUUAUCUUGCAACGACAUUACCUGAAUCUAUGGAAGACUAUACAUGGAUAGGCAGCUUACAGAUGGGUGGUUACAAGUAUUCACAUUUUAGAGAGAUUGAUCUUUGGAGGCGCUACAUUACAUCACUAUAUUUUGCGAUAGUAACUAUGGUGACUGUUGGAUAUGGAGAUAUACAUGCAGUUAACCUGAGAGAAAUGAUAUUUAUAAUGGUUUAUGUCUCCUUUGAUAUGAUUCUGGGAGCAUACCUUCUUGGUAAUAUGACUGCACUAAUUGUCAAAGGAUCAAAGACUGAAAAAUUCAGAGAUAAAAUGAAGGAUCUUAUUAAGUACAUGAACAGAAACAGACUAGGUAGAGACAUACGUGACCAGAUAAAAAGUCAUGUGAGGCUGCAGUACGAAAGUAGUCAAACUGAUGCUUCAGUAAUCCAAGAACUACCCGCUUCAAUUCGUGCUAAGAUUUCUCAAACAUUAUACAGAACCCACAUCGAACAAGUUCCACUUUUCAGCGGUUGCUCAACUGAAUUCAUUAAUCAGAUUGUAAUUAGACUUCAGGAGGAGUUUUUCCUUCCUGGUGAAGUGAUAUUAGAACAGGGCAAUCCAGUUGAUCAACUGUAUUUUGUCUGUGAUGGUGUCUUGGAAGGAAUAGAGAUCGGAGAAAAUGGACUAGUAAGUAAUCUACGAUUGGAGCCUAAUAGCUCAUUUGGAGAAGUUGCCAUUCUUUGCAACAUCCCUCAGCCAUAUACUGUUCGAGUUUCUGAACUAUGUAGACUGAUGCGUCUUGAUAAGCAAGCUUUAACAACUAUUCUAGAUAUGUAUUUUGUGGAUGGUAGGAUAGUUUUGAGAAAUCUUGAGGGAAAUGAUUCGAACCACCAUAUCAAACAACUGGAUUCUGAUAUCACCUUUCAUAUUGGGAAGCAAGAAGCUGAAAUUGCUCUGAGGGUUAACAAUGCUGCUUCUUAUGGGAAUCUGAAUCAUCUAAAAGGAUUAGUUAGAGGAGGAGCUGACCCUAAAAAGACAGAUUAUAAUGGUUGUUCACCUUUGCAUCUUGCAGCCUCAAGAGGUCAUGAAGAUAUUGCCAUGUUCCUCAUUCAAGAAGGUGUAGAUGUCAGCCUUAUGGAUAAAUUUGGAAACACACCGUUGUUAGAAGCCAUUAUUCAAGGACAUGAUAGGGUGGCUUCUUUACUAUUCAGCAAGGGGGGGAAGCUAUGUCUUAAAGAGGCUGGUAGCUAUCUUUGUGCAGCUGUUGCAAGGGGAGACACUGAUUAUGUUAGAAGGGUUUUGACCUAUGGAGCAGAUCCAAAUGUAAAGAAUCAUGAUCUCCGCACACCACUUCAUGUAGCUGUUUCUGAAGGGUUAUUCUCUAUUACAAAGAUGCUUAUAGAUGCUGGGGCAAGUGUAUUUGCUGUUGACAGGUGGGGAAAUUCUCCAUUAGAUGAGGGCCUAAAGACUGGAAACAUGUCGAUGAUGAUGCUGUUGGAAGAAGCAAAAAAGGCAGAACUAACAAAAUUUCCUGGGCGUGCUGAAGAGUAUCAAGGCAUAAUACAGCCACGGAGGCGAUGCACAGUUUUUCCUUUUCACCCAUGGGAUCCAAAAGAGAAAAGAAAAGAGGGAGCAACGUUGUGGAUCCCCAAGACCAUAGAUGAGCUCAUAAAAUCCUCUCAAGAGCUGCUAAACUGCUCAGGUUUAUAUAUUUUAGCAGAGGAUGGCGGCAGGAUAUUCGAUGUCUCCGUGAUAAGUGACAAAGAGAGGUUGUUCUUGGUUGCACAUGACGAUAUUGAAUAAAUGAUAAGUAAGAAGUUCGAUGCACUAGUAACAUUAGCGCAUCACACGAAUCA